AUGUAUUGCCAUCUGUCGUUGUCUAGAAACAACAUAUCCUUUAUCUCCUUCCAUUCCUAUUUUGUGUUAUCUUUAGGUUUUUAUGUUGUUGCCGAAGUCGAACAGAAAAUAUGGAGUGGACCCACGGUGAAACCUCUGUACAACUACGACAAACAGUCGAUUGGCGAAAUUCUCUUUGGACAAAUGCGAUUGAAUCCACAGAAUGUGCUACAGAUCCUACUCCCUGGACUCGGCGAACUCGUGUCCUGGGCCAUACGCAUUGCCUUGCAUUUGAAAAACCAACAACUCGGUCAUGAGGACAUUGUGGGUGUGACAGCUCGUAAUACCCUGAAGCUCACAUCUGUGGUCUUGGGUUGCCUCUUCAAUGGCACUCCCAUGCAUGCCAUAAAUCCGAAUUAUGAAGAAGGUUUCCACAGCUUUGGCAUUACAAAACCCCAAAUUAUUUUCUGUGAUGGCGGGGAUUAUGAGAAAAUUCGCAGAAUAACCGCUUCCUUCAAGCCCACAAUUUAUACCAUGUGUGAUCACAUUGAGGGUGUACCCACAAUAUUGGAUCUCUUGGAACCCACCAAAAUGGAGGAGAAUUAUCGACCUGAAACCCCAAUCUUGGGUGGUAAUCAAACCAUUGUUAUUCUAAGUUCCUCGGGCACCACGGGUCUAUCAAAAGCUGUUACCGUACCGGCAUCAGAAAUCAUAUUGGAUAAUGUCUUUUCAACGAUCGAUAAAGUUUUCUAUACGUCCAGUGGCAUUGACUGGACCAGUGGAUUGGUGGCCUUUAUGCAUAACUGCUACAAUGGCUGUACUAGGGUUCUCAAUCGUAAACCCUUCACUGGUCCCGAAUUUAUAGAAAUGGUGAAAAAAUACAAAAUCACCAGCGCCAUAAUGAGUCCCAUACAAUUUGUGGAGCUACUCGAUUGCCCUGAUUUUACCACCGAAAAUAUGAACAGCCUGCGACUGGUGGCCAGUGGUGGUGGUUAUGUGUCUAAACAAUUGAUCGAGAAGAUGCAACGUGUUCUACAACAAUGUGUGCUGUGCAAUACCAUCCGCGAGUUACCCGAUGUGGUUGACUGUUGUGUCGUUGGCAUCUACAAUGAACGCCAUGGUGAUGUUGCAGGAGCUUUGGUAAUAAAAAAGAAUGGCAGCCCAUUGACAUCCGAAAAAGUUGUCGAACAUGUUCGUAAUCGUUUGCGGGAACCACAAAAGCAGCUGCACAAUGGUGCAUUUUUCGUUGAGAAAUUACCACAGAAUAUUAAUGGCAAGAUUUUGAAACGUGAAGCGAGGGAAAUUCUGAAAUCUUUUUUGGAAAAAUCCCCAGCAUUGUCAUCAUCGGCAUCAUCAUCAUCUGUGUCAUCGUCAUCAUCAUCUUCAGUUGAUCGUUAA